GUAGAGUUACCGUAAAGCUAAGCUAGACGUGUACUUGUCGCAUUGUUGUCAUGUAGUUUCAUCAGAAUCGGGAAAUGAGUGUUUACAACUUUACACCGAACUUACUGAGUCCUAGCGUCUGUCAUCCGUCUAACUUUAAUCGUCACUAAUGUGUUCAAGGCACAAUGUCGUCGAAUUUGUUGUUAGACUUCGUGAAUCCGUCGAUGAUGAAUAAGGAAGCGGAUGAUAUUUCCAUCGAUCAGGAUGGAGAGUGGGAUAUCAGUUUGUUUGAUGACCUGGAUGGGCUUGGUGAUGCUGAUGAACUCCUGCAGGCGCUAGUGGAGAGUGUCAGCUAUGACAUCCCUGCCUCUGACCUUAACUUUGACAUUGGGGAUCCAGCGUGGAACUCAAAUGGCUGGAGAGAAAACGGCAGCCCUCCAUCUGUGGACUCACUUUCACCGAAUCACACUCUCAGUUCUGUGUCCUCCCCAGCUUCAGUGGAGCCUUGCUCACCAUACUCCUCUACACUUGAUGAGGUGCAUUCUCCACUGUCCUGGAAUUCUCAACCCUCCCCGCUCUCUGUGUGCUCCGACUCCAGUGGAUAUUCUGAGAUCCCUGUCGAGAAGAAGCCACCCAAGAGGACCAAUCAGACCCUGAAAGCAAAGCUUCUCCAGCCAGCUAAGAGACCCAUCCAGACCAACCCCAAGGUUUCCAUUCAGCCAAAACCGCUCAUUACUGCGCUGCCCAUCACCCAUGCUGCAGCAUCCCUUCAAGCUAAGACAAUCAUCAUCCAGCCUCUUCAGACCACAGUCCUCCAGAAACCUUCACCUGUCACCAUUCAGCCAGCACCCCCUGCAGGUCGACCCAUGUUGCUAACUCAGCCUACUCAGGUGGUCCAACUGCAAACUCAGGCAGUGACAACGCGUGUGGUCACCGUACCAAUGCUUUCUCAGGACAGACCCGCUGCUGUUGUUGCCCCAGUAACAUCCUCUCCUGUGGUCACCAUGACACUCUCGAACUCCACCCCUGAGGAUGAUUCAAGUGCGUGUCGCAGGCAGCAGCGCAUGAUCAAGAACAGGGAGUCUGCGGCUAUCUCUCGGAAGAAGAAGAAAGAGUACCUGCUGACGCUGGAAGCCCGUCUUAAGUUGGCGCUGUCAGAGAACGAGAAGCUGAAAAAUGAAAACGGCACAUUGAAAAGACAGCUGGAGGGGCUGAUGAGUGAGAACUCUGUGCUAAAUACAACAGCUCCCAAAAGACGGGCCGUGUGUCUUAUGGUGGUCCUGGUCUUCCUAGUCGUUAAUCUGGGUCCAAUCAGUCUGCUUGGUGGAAACCAAGGGUCCACUUUUCCCAUUGCCCCUUCGUCCAGUGGCCGACACCUGCUGGGUUUUUCUCCAGAGUCUGAGAGAACCGUGGCGUCAAACACGCCUGAGACUGAUCCCUCCAAUGUUGUUAACAGGUUGGAGGAUGUGGGGUCAGAGCAGAAGGCAUUGAUGGUGGUAAAGAGGGAACCUCUUUAUUUUAGAGAUCCGCCUUCUUGCCAGCCGCCCGUCAACAGGACCAAGUGCAUGAAGAUAGCAAAUGAACUGAGGGGCUGGGUACAUCGCCAUGAGGUUGAACGCACCAAAACCCGUCGCAUGAGCAACACUCACCUUAGAGGCAGAACCAUCCCGAAACCUGUAGAUAAACCGGUAUCACAGAUAGUGACCGAGAUCCAGUACAGGGAUUCAUCUGAGAAGAAUCCCAGCAGUGAGCUGCAGGUGUACUACGCCCCCCACCGCACCUACAAUGACUUCUUUGAUGAGCUCAACAGAAGAGGGGACACAUUCUACGUGAUCUCUUUCCGCCGGGAUCACCUCCUUCUUCCCGCCACCAGCCACAACAAAGGAAGCCGUCCCAAGAUGUCUUUGGUCCUGCCAGCUAUGAAUUAUAAUGAAAGCGUCAUUAAAGACAAAGAGUUUGAGGUGAUGAUGCAGAUCGACUGUGAGGUCAUGGACACCAGGAUCCUCCACAUCAAAUCAUCUAGUAUUCCGCCCAUAUUGCGUGUCAAUCAAACGGACACUGACUCUAUAUAUCACCCGACCCCCAGCAACAGCCAGCCCACGACCCCUGUCGGAGUUCUCAUGGGUUCUUCUUAAUCCAAGCAAUAUUUCGACGACAAAAGCAAUCUUGCCAUGUUAUGAAUUUUGUCUCUUUUUGGGACUGGUAUGAUAUAGGGAUGCACCGAAAUGAAAAUUCUUGGCCGAAGCCGAACAUGAUGUGAAACACUUGGCCGAAGGCCGAAUAAUACCGAACACCGAACAUGGUUUUUUGCAUUUCUUUCACUAUUGCACAAACUGAAUAGUCAAAAUGUGCUUUUUAUAAUUUGUCUUGCUUUUCAAUAAAAUACAAUACAACUUAAUAUAAAAUUGAGCAAAACAAAGUAAAUUCAAACAAAAAAAUUGAGCCUGUGAAUAGCCUAUAUUAAUUAGGCCUAUAACUGACUGCUAAAAGAAUGUAAUGUAAGUUACUCUGUACCCCUACAACAAAACACUUCAUUAAAAACUGUCAUUCCACAUUAGGCCUAUAAGAUAAAAACACGAAUAAACUAAAACUGUUGGAUUAUUAUAGACUACAUUGCUGACUGACAACCAUUUCAGUUCACGUCUCUCUUCCAAACUCCGCCCACAAAAGCUGACUGUUCUCUCAGAAGGUGCACUCGUGGAUGCACCGAACAUACUUUGACAAGAUGUUUAGUACAGGGAACUGUGUGCACGCGACCACUGUAUGAUGUCAAAGGAUGUCGCGAUCGGCGGGGCUACUGUCAGACAGCCCGCUUCCGUCUGAAGUAAAGUUACCGACCCGGUAAAGACGCUUUCAUUCGGAUAUUUACUUCCGUGCAGCAAGUCCCGUGCUGUGUCUUUCUCUGACACUUUAAAAUGCUCCGCACGCACGCACUGCCAAAAUGUGCGUCUCUCUCUCGCUCUCUCUCUCUCUCUCUCUCUCGCUCUCUCGCUCUCUCGGUGCAUCCCUAGUAUGAUACACAGUAAAAUAAGUUAGAUUCCAGUCUUAUUACUAAAUUUUGUUUUCACAGGCUACGGUUACUUUCAUUUCACAAAAAUUGCAACACAGAACAGGUUGUCACACCCCUUUUAAUGUGUCUUGAGUGAUGUACUUCAGGUGCGUAUUUACUUCACUCAAGGAAAUUGUCUUUGAUUUUGUUUGCACUGUUUUUGUUGCUUUGGAAAAUUAACUGAAGUGAAUAUUUAUGAAAUUUUAUUAUAUGUACCAAGCUUGUUUGGUACACAGUUAAGGCCUAUGUUUAAUUCUACUCUCUUCAUUGAUCCUGCCUUGGCAGCAAGCCUUUUUUCUAUAGAUGUGACUGGCGAAUAGAAAAUGUUUUUAAAAAAAAAAAAACAAUCUUGUCAUUCAGGACACUGGUGUAUUUAUAUUUCCAAAGAAGAGUGCAUAGGAAUAUAUUUUAAGAUUAUUUUUGACUUCUGUUUAGUCUCUGUGGCAUAAUUGAAGCCAUUUAAUUUGGACAUUGAAAUGGAAUGCACCUGACAAAUGUAAAAAAAACUGUUGUCUUAUGUUAUUUUUUGCCAGUCUUCCCUGUUUUAUUGUACUUUAUAUUUAUGAUUGAACAUGAAAGCAUGUUUUUUUAUUUCCUUGAAUACCCUUUUCCCGCAAGAAAUAUUUUUGUAAAAUGUCUUGUUCUCACACGACAGAAAUUAAAGCAAUUUUGUAACAAUGCAAAGAAAUAAACACUGGACAAAUACUAGCUCAAGGCUGUGCGUGAU